AUGGCUGACAAGCUGAAUGAACAAGACGCAGAGACACAGUUGAAGAAGAAGAAGAAGCUGCACUUUGUGUUCAUCCAUGGCAUAAGUGGUGGAAGCUGGUGCUGGUACAAGAUCAAAUGCCUUCUGUACAACUCCGGCUACGCCGUCACCUGCAUCGACCUCAAAUCCGCCGGAAUCGAUCUCUCUGAUCCCAACGAAACCCUCUCUUUUGACGACUACAACAAGCCGCUCAUCGACUUCUUGGCGUCAUUGCCCGACCACGAAAAGGUCGUUUUGGUUGGACAUAGUGCCGGAGGAUUGAGCGUGACGGAUGCGAGUAGUAAGUUCCCGAAUAAGAUUAGCCUUGCGGUUUACGUUGCUGCCACAAUGCUAAAAAACGGAUUUUUAACUGAGCAAGAUAUUAAAGAUGGUGUCCCUGAUUUAUCAGAAUUCGGCAGUGUUUAUGAUAUGGAAUUCGGAUUAGGCCCAGAUCAACCUCCUACGAGUGCAAUCAUAAAAAAGGAGCUACAACGAAAACUUGUAUAUCAUAUGAGUCCGCCAGAGGAUUUUACGUUAGCUGCAAUGCUGCUAAGACCCGGACCUAUUUACGCAAUACAAAGUGCUCGGUUUAAGGAAGGAAACGAGGGUGUGGAUAAGGUCCCACGGGUAUACAUCAAGACGAUGUAUGAUAAAGUCAUGAAACCCGAGCAACAAGACAAGAUGAUCGCGAAAUGGGCACCUUCGGAUGUCUACGUCCUAGAAAGUGAUCAUAGUCCGAAUUUCUCGAAUCCUUUUAUCUUAUGUGGUUUAUUAGUAAGAGCUGCUAUAUCCUUCGGCCAUACUCAUACCUAAAAUAUCUUA